AGCAGACAAAUUGGCGUUUUCACGCAGUCCUCUAAUGACGCACUUAUAAACGCACUUAUUAUGUCACAUUUGGGAUUCUCUUUGGUCGGAGGGCUGCUGUGAUCAGCAGAGACUGCUCAACUCGAGAAGGCAUGGGACAGAGCUGCAGUGGAAUGUCUGGCCCUUGUCCUGAGUGCGGGGAAAGCUGUAGGGACAACUGUCACCGGGAUGAGCCCUGUGUGGACCGCUGCUGUAACCUGUGCUGUCAGUUCUGUCUGGAUGGCUGCUGUCUCAUCUGCCCAGACGACUGCAGCUACACGCUGUGUUUCAUGUGCUCCACGAUUGCCGACUCCUGCGCUGCCGUUCUGAUCACCGAGCAGCCCAGAUCUACACAGAAACCAAGAGAAGGUACUCAUUUGGAAGAAGGCCAGGUGAUUUAGAUCGUCUGAUGAAUGUAAUGUAAACUAAUGGGCUGGAUGAAGACCUGAUUCCUACUUCAUGAUGCCAUUCUCUGUAUAGCAAGAGACUGAAAAACAUGAAGGAAGUUCAUUGGAAGUGCAUUUGUAGAUCAUUUGCUACCUCUGUAAUUGAGCCCAUGCUAUAUUGUGUAUAGGCUACACUGUAUUG